CUGGAAAGCGGCCGGCGACGCCGAGGCGGCAGUUGGUGACCUGAGAACGGCGAGGCCCCCGCAGCUCCAGGCAAGAUAGAGGCUGCGCCAGGCGAAGCCGAAGCCGAUGCAGGUGAGGCUGCAGCAGGUGGCUGGACGGGCUCCUCGGGCCCUCCAGCUGAUGAGGCAGGAACAGACGGGGGCGUGGCAGCCACAGGACCAGGCGACGUUGAAGCCGAAGCAGAGGCUGGACCGGGCGACGUUGAAGCCGAAGCAGAGGCUGGACCGGGCGACGUUGAAGCCGAAGCAGAGGCUGGACCGGGCGGCGAGGCUGAAGGCACGAAGGCUGGACCGGGCGGCGAGGCUGAAGGCUCGAAGGCUGGACCAGGCGUGGGCGGCGAGGCUGAAGGCUCGAAGGCUGGACCAGGCGUGGGCGGCGAGGCUGAAGGCUCGAAGGCUGGACCAGGCGUGGGCGGCGAGGCUGAAGGCUCGAAGGCUGGACCAGGCGAAGAUGAGGCUGAAGGCGACGGCAUGGAAGCCGGAGACUGUGGCGCUGCCGGAGACGGCGGCGCUGCAGGCGACGGCGUGGGCGAUGCAGCUGAUGAGGACGAAGACUCGGAGGCUGCUGCGGACAUGGAGGCUGAGGAUGGCUGGACGGGCCCCUCGGACCCUCCAGCAGAGACAGACGGCUGGACGGGCCCCUCGGACCCUCCAGCGGGGACAGGCGGCUGGACGGGCCCCUCGGACCCUCCAGCGGAGAAGGCAGGUGGCGGCAUGGGAGCCGCGGAGUACUGGAUGGGCUCAUCAGAGCUUCCAGCAGGAGCUGAUGUAGAGCCAGAGGGAAUUGGGACCCCUGGCUCAAUGUUACGCUGGCCAGAAAACUGAACUGCUACGGAGAACUGGGCCAAUGGGUCAGGUGCGAGCUGAGCUACUGGUGGUGGUGAAAGAGGAGUGGGUGGUGGAGUUGAUGGCUUCA